AUGCCUCGAAUGGACGUGACCCAUGCGGACCUCGUCGGACCAGCCAAGAUCCGGCUCGCUGAGUACACACUAUCAGGUAUCGGUUCAAUGGAGUUGACGGAAAUAUGUGCGCACGCCCAAUACUGCAGUGCGGGUGAUUCCACCUUGGAUGCACUCCGCAUCGCCACCGAUAGGCUUCUGAGCACUGGCCCAGCUGAUGAGAAGUUGGUCAUGGCUUUCAGCGAUGCCAACUUAGAUAGAUACGGCAUUCAUCCGAAGCAACUUGACGCGGUACUGAAUAGAGCGGCAGACCAGGUUUAUGCUCACGUUUUUUUCAUAGCUUCCUUCGACGAUCAGGCCGAAGUUUUAUGCCGGUCGAUCCCGAAAGGGAAAGCUACGGUGGCCACUAAUUUAUCCAAGUUGCCACAGCUAAUCAAAGAAGUUCUGGCGGCGACUGUUAACCAUCAGAAAUGA